UGCCAGCGCGGGGCCAGCUUCCAGGAAGGUGGUCCGCGAGCGGCCCCCUGCUCACCUUCCAGGUCCCCCGCGCGUCCCCGGCCCUGCCCAGGACCCCCGCCUGGCCGCCGCCCGCGUCCGGGAAGGCUUUCUCUCUCCUCCAGCUCCAACCUGAGCCAUGUUUUUCACCUGUGGUCCAAACGAGGCCAUGGUGGUCUCUGGUUUCUGCCGGAGCCCCCCAGUCAUGGUGGCUGGAGGACGUGUCUUUGUCCUACCCUGCAUCCAGCAAAUCCAGAGGAUCUCUCUCAACACACUGACCCUCAAUGUCAAGAGUGAAAAGGUUUACACUCGCCAUGGGGUCCCCAUCUCAGUCACUGGCAUUGCCCAGGUGAAAAUCCAGGGCCAGAACAAGGAGAUGUUGGCUGCCGCCUGCCAGAUGUUUCUGGGAAAGACAGAGGCUGAGAUUGCCCACAUUGCACUGGAGACGCUGGAGGGCCACCAGAGGGCUAUCAUGGCCCAUAUGACUGUGGAGGAAAUCUAUAAGGACAGGCAGAAAUUUUCAGAACAGGUUUUCAAAGUGGCCUCCUCAGACUUGGUCAACAUGGGCAUCAGUGUGGUCAGCUACACCCUAAAGGACAUUCACGAUGAUCAGGACUAUUUGCACUCCUUGGGGAAGGCUCGAACAGCUCAAGUCCAAAAAGAUGCACGGAUUGGGGAAGCAGAGGCUAAGAGAGAUGCUGGGAUCCGGGAGGCCAAAGCCAAGCAGGAAAAGGUGUCUGCUCAGUACCUGAGUGAAAUCGAGAUGGCCAAGGCGCAAAGGGACUACGAGCUGAAGAAGGCCGCAUAUGACAUCGAGGUCAACACCCGCCGAGCACAGGCUGAUCUGGCCUAUCAGCUACAGGUGGCCAAGACGAAGCAGCAGAUCGAGGAGCAGCGGGUACAAGUGCAGGUGGUGGAGCGGGCCCAGCAGGUGGCAGUGCAGGAGCAGGAGAUCGCCCGCCGGGAGAAGGAGCUGGAGGCCCGGGUGCGGAAGCCAGCGGAAGCUGAACGCUACAGGCUGGAGCGCCUGGCAGAGGCAGAGAAGUCCCAGCUGAUCAUGCAGGCAGAGGCAGAAGCCGAGUCUGUGCGGAUGCGGGGGGAGGCCGAGGCCUUUGCCAUAGGGGCCCGAGCCCGGGCGGAAGCCGAGCAGAUGGCCAAGAAGGCAGAGGCGUUCCAGCUGUACCAGGAGGCUGCUCAACUGGACAUGCUGCUGGAGAAGCUGCCCCAGGUGGCAGAGGAGAUCAGCGGUCCCUUGACCUCGGCCAAUAAGAUCACACUGGUGUCCAGUGGAAGUGGGGCCAUGGGGGCUGCCAAAGUGACUGGGGAAGUGCUGGACAUCCUGAGCCGCCUGCCAGAGAGCGUGGAGAGACUCACAGGCGUCAGCAUCUCCCAGGUGAACCACAAGCCUUUGCGAACAGCCUGAGCCCUCGACCUUCGUGAUGCCCAGCCUCGUAGCUCAAGCCUCAUUGCCUGAAUGGUCCCCAUAUUGCAUGCACUUAAGCUGGCUACCUGAGCUGUCCUUUGACAGCAGGGUUCCAACCCUCAUCUCUCCUUGCCAAACAGCCUGUGCCUUGCCUUGGAGGGGAAAGGUUGCUCCCUUUCCCAACCCCACACUGCCAAGACUGCCAGUCCCCUAGGGGUCCCAUGCCAGCCUUCUGAUGAUCCCACCCCUCAAUGUAUUUAACUUAAUUACUGUCUGAGCCUGUUGUCCAGAAUUCUUUCCUGACUGAGACUUGAGGGGAUGGUCUACAGGUUUUCAGUUUUACUUGUCAAAUAAAUGCUGUUAAUAAGUACUGAUAGUUAAUAAAACAGAAUUCAGAAUAAAUGCUAGAAUGCAGCUUU